CGACGAGACAUCCGUCUAUCAGAGAUGCUCUAAUGUUUCGGUAGUGUAGUAUACCACCCCUCUGAACCGGAGCCUCUUUCAUCCUCCUUCCCAUUCGCUUCCCUUCAUCCUCCUUCCACCUCGCUUCCGCGCGACGCCACCACGCAGCAUUUUCCGCUGCUGCCACUAAAAUGAAGUAAAAUGAUCGUCGUUAUUAGUUAUUACUCCACAACCUCCUAUAGUGAGCGGAAGGGACCAAGCAGCGAGAGCUGAAGGGAUUUUGGGGAUUGGCCUAGGGUUUUAGGGUGGCCGACGCGACGGCAUGGCCUACCACCACCUCCUCGUCGUCUCGCCGCCGGCGCAGCCGCCGCCGCCGCCGCGGCGCCUCUCACUACUCUCCCGCUCGCCGCGGGGGGCCGUCACAGCCGCUGCCUCGCCCGACGCCGCCCGCUCCUCGUCGGUGGUGGCAUCGUCGGCGGCCACGCGAAGGAGGGCCGUGCUCCUGGUCGGGAUCUCCGUGCUCCCGCUCCUGCGCCUCCGUGACGCGGCGACCUCCGCAGCGCAGCCCUCAGCGGUCGAUCUCGUCACUGAUAAAAUGGACAUUCAGAUGUCUGAGGAAAUGCAGCCUGAAGAAACUAGGGCUGGACCACCUCAGCCUGAGGUGAAAAGGCCAUCUCCAGGGAAUCCACUUGCUAGUCUUCUGAAUACAAUUGCAGUUAUUGCUUCUGGGCUUCUGGCUGGGCUUCUUGGUACUACUCAACGUGAAAAGAAGGCCUUGCAGUCAGCCAUCUCAUCUAUGGAGAUCAAAUUGGCUGAAGAUGAGGCAGCGAUGUCUUUGCUUAGAGAGAACUAUGAGAAAAGGCUAUUGGACGAACAAGUGGCUCAGAAGAAACAAGCUAGGAUGUUCCAGGACGAGGAAGCUUCUCUUCUUGAUCGAUUGGCCUCAACUAAGAGAACUGUAAAAAAUUUAAAUGAGGAAGUUAUGAAGGAGAAGGAGCUAGUUGAACAGCUUAAACAUGAAAUACAUGAUCUUGAGAUUAGCAUUGCACAAGCAGAGGAAGACAAACAUGCGUUUGAAGAAAAUUUGAGGGACAAGUUGGAAACACUUGAUAUUUUACAUGGCAAGGUAAAUCUGCUUAGCCAAGAUGUAAAUGACAAGGAGGAAAACAUUACAGAACUCAGUUCAUCACUUUCAACCAAGGAAGGAGACUACCAGAGCCUGCACUUGAUGUUUAAUCAGACUAAAGAGAGCCUGGAACAUGCAAAUUCUAGAAUGGAGCAACUGGAGAAGUAUGUUUAUGCAGCUAAAAAUGAUAUAAAAUCAAAGAUAUCCUCAAUUGAUUCAUUGAAUGAGGAUGUCCAAACAUUGUGCAGUGCAAAGAGUGAUGCCGAGGAAAAAAAAAGCGAGUUAAUGAAACAGUACACGGAAUUGGAAACUGCUUCUAAGAUGAGGGCCUCUCGCGAUUCUGAACUAUUGUCCAAUAAAGAUGGUCAGCUCAAUCAACUCGAAGAACGACUUUCUACUGCAUUAAGUGACUCUAGUGAAGACAGAAGUAUAAUUGCCGAGUUAAACAGUGAAUUGGAAGCUAACAGAACAAUGCUACUCAAUGAAGUUGAGACCCGGAAAAAAAUGUCGGAUCUUGUUCAGUCCACUGAAGAUGCACUUAAAGAAUCCAGAAAUGAGUUGUUCAAACUGUCCGAAGAGCUUAAUGAAGUAAAUAUAUCAAACCAUGACUUGACAACCCAGAUUUCAGAAUUCACAAAUGAGUCUAAUGAAGUGAAACAGGCUCUGACUAAGAAAGUAGAAGAAGCGGAAUCAGUUUCUAAAGCUCUUUCAGAUGAAUUGGCCUCAGUGAAGGAGAUACAUCAAAAGACACAAGAAGAUCUUGAAGUCACCUCUAAUCAAUUGGUGUCUAUUACAGAAGUGCAUGAUGAACUUAGUAAAGAAUUGCUGGAUACAUAUAAAAAGUUAGAGUCCACAACAGAUGAGCUUGUUAGAGAACGAAGGAUUAAUGCUACUUUAAAGAGGGAGCUUGAGGCAUUGGUGAAACAAUCACAGGUGGAAUCUGAAGCUAGAAGAGCUCUUCAAGCAGACUUGGAUGAGGCCACUCUUUCACUAAAUGAGGUGAAUGAGAGUACAUUAUUUCUGUCUAAUAAGCUUGAUAGCACUGUUUCCAGGAUUUCUGCUAUUAAAGAAGAGAAAGAGGUUCUUUCAGCGGCUCUUUCGGAGCAAAAGAAAAGUACAGCCGAAGCUCAGAAAAAUAUGGUGGAUGCUCAGCAUCUUAUUAAAAGGCUUGGGAUGGAGAGAGAGAAUAGUGAAAUCAGGAGUACAAAGCUUGAAGAGGAAUUGGCCACAGCAAAAGGUGAGAUGUUAUAUCUGAGGAGGCAGAUUACUGCAAGUGGGUCACAGAAUACAGAUGUUUUGGAAGCAAGCCCAACACCAAAUUUCAACCAGUCUCCGGAAGAUCAUGUUCCAAAUACCAGUAGUACUGAUGCUGUACCUCCUCGUUCUGCUAAGAAGAUUUAUAGGAGAAGAAAAGACAGACCAUCAACAUGAGCAUUACCAGAACAUGUGAUCUAGGACCAUCUAUCUUUCAUUUGCUCUCAUUUUAGCACUUUAUGAGAAAUGUUCUUAUUUAACUUCCAACAUUUGAAAGCUAGCAUGUUAGACUACCCUAUAGUAGCUCCAACUCUUUUUGUUGUAGCUCUAAAAGAAGACCCUUCUGGUUUCCAUGAUCCAUAUGCUAGAUUGUGAGGGAAUUGCAAAUGUAUGUUAAUCUGUGUGCAGAUGUGUUGUUGU